AUGAACCUCACUGACGAGUUCCGCCAUGAGCGCCUCAAACUAUACGGCAACUUCAUGCGUCUCCUGCAGAUCCAGGGCGGUACGAAGAAGGAUGUGAUCAGUCUCCGGAUCACCCAGUACGCCAUCCACCGGCGCCCCCCUUACGCGGCCAUCUCAUAUACCUGGGGCCCCAACCCGAAUGCCAGCAACCUUAGACACCACCGCAGCAGCACAAAUCCCCCAGCGGCGGCGGUGAUGGAGACAUACACUCGGCAGAUCCGGGUCAACGGGCGUCCGUUCCGUGUGCGGGUGAACCUGUGGAACUUGCUGUACCAUCUGCGCCAGCGGGGGGAGUCGCGCUUCCUCUGGGUCGACGCGCUAUGUAUCGACCAGGAGAAUCUGGAGGAACGGAACUUCCACGUCCAGCGCAUGUCCGAGAUCUACGAGAAGGCCGUCCUCACCUUUGUGUGGCUGGGCCUGCCGUCCGAGGACAGGAGACAGGCCCGGAGUAUGGAGUUCAUCAGCGAGAUGGCCGCAUUUUGCAGGAAACACCAGCAUCAGAAGAUGCCGGACCCGUCAGCGUCGUCGGCGGCAGCCGCUUUCAGCGCAAAGUACUUUGUCGACGCCUACGAACAGCGCUGGGCCAACCUUCUCGAACUCUGCAAGGGCACAUACUGGACGCGUACUUGGAUUAUUCAGGAGUUUGUCCGAGCGAGCCGGGUCCAAGUCCUCUGCGGCACGGCCAAUCUCGACUGGGUCGACUUUGAGGACAUUGUCCGCACCGUGCGCUCGAUCACCACUUCACAAUCACAGACGGCGCCACCUCCAAUACCGGCCUUCGUGCAGCAGUUCACGCAAACAAUCCCCUUCCGGCUCACGUCGCGCCGCAUUUCGCACACGGCGUCGACGCUCGAGGACCUGCUUCUGGAGUUCUACGACUCCAAGUGCGCGGAGCGCCGCGACAAGGUCUACGGCAUCUUGGGCAUCGCUGGCGACUGCGGCGACGAUCCCGAGGCACCGCCGGGUUCUUAUCGCGGUCCGCAACCGGACUAUUCAAAACAUAUCCUUGAGGUCUACUUCGAGGUCUUCAGCUAUCUAAUGCAGCAGCGGACAUCAUCACAACUGCCGCCGCGGUCGAGAUCACCCAUGCAGGCCAUCUUUCUGGCCCAGCGCGCACUGGGCAUCACCCAGGCCGACGUGGAGAGCUACAUGGCGUUGCAAGCCAUACAGAAGCCCGGCCAUCAUUACCAGGGAGCCAGCCUGCUGACGCGGAGACUCCGCGACCUGACGUUCCCGCUGGUUCCGGACUACGUCAACUUCAUCGACGAAGUCCUCCCCGGAUGGACCAGCAUCCGCGACUUGCGUCAGCGGCUCGAGCAAGUGGACUGGGCGAAGUACGUCGGGCAUGAAGUGCGGAAGAAGACGUCCAGACCGUCGACCGGGAGAACGCAGAAAAGCUCUAGUUCGACAACGAUAACGACAACUACUUCGUCGUCCUCGGCACCCGGGACAGGCACGGGAACGGGGAUAGGGGUAGGGACAACCUACAUCCGCGCGCCUCUCCCUGCGGAUCUGAUCGAGAACGUCAUCCACGCCGCCUCCCACAGCGAAGAGAUGUCACAUUUGUACAACUACUCGACUUCCUCUACUCCUCCUUCUUCCCCAUCUCCAAAUCCUCCCGCCCCCGUCGCAGGAACCGAAUCUAGCGCCGACGCACUAGACUCCACAAGCCCCAUCCCUAUCCCGAUCCCUAUCGCCAUACCACACAUCCUCUUGCACGCGCACGACAAGCGCCUGCACCACAACCCCUCCUUGAGCAGGCCGCGAAUCAUCAUCGAAUCGAACCCUUCGGCGGGCAUCGAGCCCGCGCGGAUCGGGUUCGCCUGCACGGACGCGCGGCCGGGCGACUUGCUGUGCCAGUUCGCGGGGCUGGACGUGACGCUGAUCGCGCGACGCACCUGGACCACGGGGUGUGGAAACCAGUUGGCGCUCGUGGGGCUGGGCAAGAUGUGCACGCACCAGGGCCUGCAGGAGACGAGCGUCCAUCCCGCGUGCAAGAGGGGUGAUCAGGGGGAGAAAUGGUCCGGUGUGGCGGUCGCCGCUGGCCGUGCACAGGGGGAGGACAGUAAUAAUAUGGAUGGGAAUCCGGACGGGUGGACCAUCAUGGUCGAUCCCAUCGGGCUCUGGGAGGUCUUGAGACGGAGUUGA